GAGCCUCAGCCAAUGACAGUUCAUAUGUGUUGCUUGUGUUGGUGUGAGCUGUUGUGCUGCUCCUCCUCCCUCCAUCAGUGUUACCUUCAGUGUCAGAAGUUGUACCUAGGAAGAUGACUACGAAGCUGGCUAGUGGUCACCGGGUGGAGGCCAUGAGCGAGGAGUGGCUGGCCAGGAUGGAGGAGGAACAGACGCUCUACAACCAUGGUAUGAUCCGCCUCAGGCCCGGAGGCUAUCUCUACCCGACGCUCUUCACCAAAUAUGCUGACACCAUCUACAACUUCAAGUUCACUGAAGGUGACGUACUUGUGAUGGGAAUGCCCAGGUCUGGGACGACCUGGAUGUUGGAGUUGGUGUGGACGAUGCUUCACAACCCCGACCUCAACAACCAGAGGGCCGACCUGCCCAUCUUCAUCAGAGCACCGCAUAUAGACUUUGACAUGAUGCUUGACAGAAAGACCAUAAGAAGCACUGUUGAGAAUCCUCAGCAGAUGACAGAAAUGUUUCUUCAAAUGUGUCCAGGGAAGAAGGUAGAAGACGGAGUGUUUCUGCAGAUUAGCGAGGCUUUACCUGCUCCUUGAGUGAUGAAGACCCACCUGCCCAGCACCCUCCUGCCGCUUACCCUUCCUCUAACCACGAAGGUGGUGUACAUUGCUAGAGAUCCCAAGGACGUGGUUGUAUCGCUAUUCUAUCACUUCUGUAACGUAAAGUUCCACAACUAUACUGGCACCUUCGACAACUUCGUCAAACAUUUCAUGAACAAUGAUUUGUUGUACUGUCCCUACUGGCCCAACCUGAUGAUGGCCUGGGGGCAAAAGGAUGAGACCUUUUUGCACUUUGUGUUUUAUGAAGACUUUAAAGCUGACAUAAAGAAGGAACUUGCAACACUGAAUGAGUUCUUGGGCACCAACCUCUCCCAACAGCAGCUUGAUAAUGUUGCCGAACACUGUUCUUUCUCCUCGAUGAAAGCUCGAAGUGAAAAAGAUGCUGCAAAUUAUCACCAAGGUGCCCAGAAGAGCGAAGGAGACUUCUUCAGGAAAGGUGUGUGGAAAUAGUUAAGAUUCU